UUAAAGGAACUUAAAUAUACGAUGGAGCUGCGUAAUUGUUUAACUACGUGACACUGAUGUCAUGUAUUAAUAAUACAAGAACGCAAAAUGUCAAUAACAAUAAAUUGUCAUAUUCAAUUAAGAAUGAGUGCUUUUAAGAAGAAUACAACUCCUGAUUAAGAUAAAUGUUCACAAUAUAUUUUCGUUUAUUGAUAAUCAUCAUCAAUUUGUAUUUUAAAAACGAUUCAAAAUAUUACAGUUAUGUUAGUAAAUUCAUGUUAUGACGUUGUUCAAAAAUAAAAAAUUCUGAGAACACGUCCCUUUUAAACAUGAUUAGAGCUUCAUGUCAACAUCAUCAUGUAAAUAAAUUACUAGGCAGGGGCCGUUAUAUAUUUGCGGUAAAUAGCAAUUCAAUAUUGCAAUAAUUUAGUGUAAUAUAUAUUCAUGUUGUUAUUUAUAAUGUCUUGAAUAUGUUCAUUUGUUUAUUGAAAAUGUUAGGCGCUACUAUAAUUAUGUUAACCUAAUUCUUAUUCGUGCAUGCAUAUAUGCGACGUUCAACGCUAAUAUAAAUCGUAUUGCUAUUUUUGGAUACAUUCAGUGAGUCAGUAGGCGUAUAAAAAAAAUAUGUUGCUCGAAAUUGUCUACUAGAGUUUUAGUAGUGUUACUACCUUUUUUAGAAGCCUUCGGACCUGUACAACGGUUUGACGGUUUGUCCGUACGCCCUUUCGUUUCCAGACGAUUCAUAGAAAAAACUUUCAUCAACAAUCAUUUGAGUUUCGGGUUGUUGCAUGUUAUGAUAAUUAUAAACCUAUUUAUUUUGAGGUCAACAGGCCCUCAAAGACAUGUUACAUGAAAGAACGUGCAGUUUUAAUGCAGAUUGUUGCGAAGUGAAAACAACCUAUGCACUGGUAAUGGCCCGCGUCGAUGCCUAUGAUUGAUUGUUGUACGUGGGUUAACGUGGUUGAACCUUUCGCCACAGUAUUUGCAACGCAUACCCUUCAAGGAACUUGAGUUCUUCGAAGAGGACUCAUCUGGCAUUUCUCAUAGAUCCGGUGUUGAGAUAGUGCCUAAACUUGUUAGGUGUAUGUUUUUCUAUACUGAUUUACUUCCUCGCAUGAUGCUGCAUUAAUUGUGGAUCCGGAGUGUAUCCGAGCAAUUCUCUCUUUUAAACUUUCAAGACUCACGAAAGUUGGAACGGGUUUUGAAUCAAAGAUGGAAUUUCCAGUAAUUCAUCUUUUACUAAAAUACUUUUAAAUUUGUUUUGGAGUUGUGCUGUAAGAGGACGCCGUUGUACUCAGUAAAAAAAAGUCCGUGAACGAUGUUACGGCGAUGUCAAUGGACGGUGUAGACCUUCUGUCCAACGAAUUAGCAUCCGUUUCAUUAGUUUUAAUUUGCGACGAAAAUGGAGCCGCGAAGAACGAUCGUGUUGAGUGUCUGGACACCAAUCAACCGAUGUCCACAGAUGGUAGUCUCAGGUCCUCUGACAGCGAACUUAAUGCUCGAGGACCGCAGAGACGUGAUCCGAAAUACGCCGUUAGAAAUACCCCGCCAUAUGUUUAUGGCACAACCACCAAUGACACAACACAAGCGGUUGUGACCGAUAUAAAUACAGGUUAUCGAGGAAAUUUCCUCAGUGUGCUUAUGCCUCGUCAACAAGUAGUCAGCGCUUUUCCUGAACCUUUUAAUAUAGCAGACAAUCUUAUUGACGCAUCUGAAAACAACGGUGUUAACGGCGAUAUGAACCAGAUAUCUUCCAGUGAGCGUUUCCUCGUAUCUUAUUCAAGCUUUAUGGCAGUUGGAGCAACCGCUGCUGCCAAGUCUUCGCAGUUUACAGCUAUCGAGAUGUCACCGGAUCCCGCCGAAACGUCGCCGUCUUCUCGAUACGUAUCUAGCCAGGGUCAAAAUCGUUGGGAUUCAGUAUCGAUGACCUCCGAUGAUGCGAAUUGGGCUGAUAUACUUAACAUGAUCCGCGAGGAUACAAAGCAGGGCGAUAGUAUAAACUCGUCGCAAAAAAAGAAUAAUUUGCAAUUGAAUUGUAAUACCGAUGUUUUAUCACCGGUGUCUACGCCGUCGACCUAUGACAAGAUAAGAACAACAAACGGACUGGAAUGGCAGUAUCCACCGACAGAAUGUCGACAAAACAACAACGGGGCAAUCAGUUACAAUGCUCAUCCGCAGCCCAACAUACUUUGGGCACAGGCAGGUGAUGUCACAACACAUGCAUUCCUUCAGAACAAUAAAUUGCCUAUGCGAAUAGCGACGGCGACUGACAGAGGGUAUGUGUCAACACAAGGCCAUAAUCAGCCGACUUCCAGUGGUGUUUCCAAUAUACCGAUAUUGGAUUUGGAUCCACAAGCAAACCAACUCUCACCCAAACUUGCGAUCGAAGAUUCUCAUGAGAUGGUCCCUCUAGCAUAUCAGCCAACGCAGUUUCCCUCUGGAGCAUCGGAUCAGAUAGCCAUGGCAAGCGCGAUCUUAACGCAAGCGGUCUUUUCUAACGAACCAUCUGCGCAGAUGGUAGAUACACAACUUUUGUAUCCAAACGAAACAACAAGUCAGACGAACAACUCACCACUUUCAUACUCAUAUAGGACUCCGCAUAAUUCUAACGGAAUAGCAAAAACACCAACGCCGUUUCCACAACAAACACUUCCUAACGUCAUAUCCGCUCAGACCAAUGCACCACCGUCAUAUCCGAAUGCAUGGCACCUUGAUGGGACGUCUGUUCAGAUGACAAAUGCAGUACAAUACCAGCAUCAACCACUGUGUUACGGAACAGGCGGCCAGAUUACCUGGUCGCAAGUUUCCUAUCCGCAACCGCCGGCUAACGGAAUAUCUGGUCAUAUUGUCAUGGCACAACAAUAUAAGCAACCACCACCGCCUCAUGGAUUAUCCUGCAAGACCAGUGUACCAAUUUCACAUCCCCAGACACAUAUCGGACCAUCCGGUCAGAUUGUUAAACGGCAAGGAAUGAUCAAUAAUAUAUCAGUUAAUCUGGAUGGCGCGUCUGAAACGCCAAGUCAAACAUACCCACCGAAGACAGCCCCCAUGAUUCCACAUUUCGGUUCACAACCAACGCAUUUGUCGCACAACUUAAGGCAGUCUUUUCUGCCAGAAGGUUCAGUCGCACAUGAUAAUGGCCUGCUUGUUUCCAGUUCGUCACAGGUAUCUUGGCAAGAAACGAUUGGAAAUGAACCAGCCGUUUGCAUGACGACUGGGCUGGUGGCAAACCAGGUAACGCCUGUGGCACAGUCUUCGCAGGUCAUUCCACAAGCUUUCUUGAUAAAUACCAAUGGUAGUGCAGUGCUAAUAAGCAGUUCAAACCAACUCUUUCAGUCUGGUGCGUCACCUAUGGUCAAUGCCUGUCGUCAAGUAUUUCCGGUCGCCGGAACGAACUACCAAGCUGGACUGAGACAAUUGCUGCCUAAAAGCGUCGCACAGCAAUCAAGCGUUUCUGUGUCGGCGCAACCAGGUCGCAAACCACGCGACGCGGUCCUAACAAGAAACGACAACGAUCGGCUGACGAAAGGGUUGCGAAUCUGCAGGACAUUACUGCGAAAAACGAAGAUGGUGACACACCCCUUCACUUGGUUGCCUGUAACAAAGAUCCUUACCAGGCGACAGCCAUGUUGACCCGGUUAGAACGUGAGGACAAGUUGAAGUCGGUGAUGGACUGUGGAAACAAUAAAGAACAGACGCCAUUGUAUUUGGCGGUUUAUCAAAAUUUACAUGGGAUCGUGAAAAUUUUGGUUGACAAAGGGGCAGAUCCAAACUGCU